UUCAAUUUGAGAAAUCAGUUACUGAGAAGAUUCCGAGUAGAUCACACGUUCGUAAAGUUGUAACGGAAAACAUUUUAAAUUUUUUCUUUACCAAAAAAAAAAACAAAACAUAUUUUUUGUCUAAUCGAAAAGAAAACAAAAAAAAAAAAAAAAACGUUAAACACACAAAAAAUACAAACACGAUCUACUCCAGUUACAAAGAAAGUAAAAAGUGUAUUAAGCAAAUAUUUACAAAAGCUAAAUAAAAAAAAAAACAUACAACGACAGAUUAUUACCACAAAAAUAAAAAAAAAAACGUUACGUUCGUUGCCUCACACAUUUUGGAUUACGGUUACGGGCUUCGUUCGCUCAUCUUCAGCCAGAAAACAAAAAGAAAAAUAAUAAAGUCAAAUAAAAUCGCUAUGGACGUUCACAUUGCUAUGUGAGGUUGAAAACAAAAAAGUAAAUGAAGAAUACGAUAAAAGCAGUGCUUGAAGAAUAAGUGAAGCAAAGAAAAAUCUGUGAAAUUUGAUAAUCAGUUUUCUCGAACAAAUGGAAACACAAAAAUGAAGAAUUCCAAAGAACUAAAAUCGUAAUCAAAGUUAAGUGCAACCAACAAAAAAUCGCCACUCAUCUCAUCGCAAACGUUGCUACACCGACACAUCACGCCAGCAUCAUUCAUCGCCACAACAGAUAUCCCCCACCAAAUUGCGUUAAGAUGGCUCUUAUAUCGAAAACCAUCUUAUCGGUGCUCAUCUCAUUCAUCAUUCCGGUACUCGGUGCUGCAUUGAGCAAGACGGUCUUGUACCAGGCGCCCGACGAGUGUCGUUGGUCCGGGGCCAACGAAAUCGACAUUACCUUGGUGUGUCACCUGCGCACCAUCAACUCGGAAUUGGAAAACACAAACUUCAGUGUCAUACAACCACAGAAUACGAUUCGGUUGCGACUCGAGUGCAACGAUGCUCUGUUCUUCCAGAGUACCCUGAGUCCGGAUAGUUUCCGAUCGCUCGUGGAGUUGCGUGCUCUUACGAUUGAGUAUUGCAAACUCGGCAAUCUGACCGACGGUUCGUUUCGCGGUCUGCAGGACUUGCGCAAUCUGACCAUUCGCACCCACAACGGCGAUUGGUCGACAAUGUCUCUGGACAUAUCGCCCACCAGCUUCAGUGAAUUCCGCCAAUUAGAUCGUCUUGACCUGAGUCUCAACAAUAUUUGGCUGAUUCCCGAUGGCAUGAUCUGCCCCCUGAAAGUACUGAAGCACCUGAACAUCUCCCACAACGAAAUCCAAGAUAUAAGCAAUUUCCACUUCAGUGCCUCGCUCAGCACACGCAAAUCUCGCAUUUGCGGUUCGUCCCUGAACAGCAUCGAUUUGAGUCACAAUAAAAUCGCAAAUCUUCCAUCGGCCAUAUUCUCCGGUUUGGGUCGUCUCGUCAACCUGAAUUUGGCUCGCAAUGGUAUGAACUUUAUUGCCGACCGUGCCUUCGAAGGACUUGUAUCGCUGCAAGUCGUUGACUUGUCAGAGAAUCGCCUAACUUCUCUGCCACCAGAACUUUUCUCGGAGGCCAAGUUUGUCAAGGAGAUCUACUUGAAGAAUAACAGCAUCAAUGUCCUGGCCCCAGGAUUGUUCAGUGAAUUGUCUGACUUGCUCGUCUUGGACAUGUCGGCCAACGAACUCAACUCUCAAUGGGUGAACUCGGCCACCUUUGUCGGUCUCAAACGUCUGGUCCUGCUCGAUCUGUCCGCCAAUAAGAUCAGCAAAUUGGAGGCCAAUCUCUUCCGCUCGCUGACAAGCCUACAAGUACUUAAGCUGGAGGAGAACUACAUCGAUCACAUUCCCGAUGGUGCUUUCACUGAUUUGACCAACUUGCACACAUUGAUUUUGUCGAACAACCGCAUUUCCACCAUUGGGCCAAAUACGUUCCGUGGCUUAUAUGGCAUUCUGGUGCUCAGCUUGGAUUACAAUCGCAUCUCCAAAAUAGACACGCAAGCCUUGAAGAACUGCUCCAGCAUACAGGACCUACAUUUGAAUGGCAACAAGCUGCAGACCAUACCAGAUGCUCUCUCCUAUGUGCCAUUGCUGAAAACACUCGAUUUGGGUGAAAACUUGAUCACGAGCAUCGAAAACACCUCCAUUACUGCCAUGGAAAACCUGUACGGCCUGCGUCUCACCGAGAACGCCAUCGACUACAUCCGCCGUGGUGUGUUCGAUCGCAUGACUUCAUUGCAAAUAUUAAAUUUGUCUGGCAACAAAAUCAAAGGCAUCGAAGCCGGUGCCUUGCACCGCAACACUCAGCUGCAGGCCAUUCGCUUGGAUAGCAAUCAUUUGAAAAACAUUGCGGGACUUUUCACCGACUUGCCAAAUUUGGUUUGGCUUAACAUUUCGGACAAUCGCCUGGAGAAAUUUGACUAUUCGCACAUUCCCACUGGUUUGCAGUGGCUGGAUGUUCGCGCCAACCGCAUUGCCCAAUUGGGUAACUAUUUUGAAAUUGAGAACGAAUUGAGUCUGACGACGUUCGAUGCCAGCUCCAACUUGCUUAGCGAAAUCACAGCCGGCUCCAUACCGAACAGCAUUGAGGUGUUGUAUUUGAACGACAAUCUCAUUGGUAAAAUCCAGCCAUACACUUUCUUCAAGAAGCCAAACCUCACCAGGGUGGAUCUGAUUCGCAACAAGCUGACAACCCUUGAGCCCAAUGCCCUUCGCCUCUCUCCCAUCCCUGAGGAUCGCGACAUCCCCGAAUUUUUCAUCGGCCACAAUCCUUUCCAGUGCGAUUGCAAUCUCGACUGGCUGCAAAAGGUGAACACGGAGACGCGCACACAGCCCAAACUCAUGGACUUAGAUCAGAUCUACUGCAAAUUGUCCUACGCACGCGGCAAGACUCAUGUUCCCCUCAUCGAGGCCAAAUCCAGCGACUUCUUGUGCAAAUAUGAAACCCACUGCUUCGCCCUGUGUCACUGCUGUGACUUCUAUGCCUGCGAUUGUAAAAUGGAGUGCCCCGACCGUUGUUCCUGCUACCACGACCAGUCAUGGACCUCAAACGUGGUUGACUGUUCGCGUUCCGGCUACGAUCGUGAACUGCCAUCACACAUACCCAUGGACUCCACACAGCUGUACUUGGAUGGCAACAACUUCAAAGAAUUGUCAAGUCAUGCUUUCAUUGGUCGCAAGCGCUUGAAGGUUUUGCAUUUGAAUCACUCGCGCAUUGAGUUCGUCCACAACCGCACAUUCUACGGCCUGUUGGAGCUGGAAGUGCUGCAGCUGAACCAUAACAGUCUGCGCCACCUGAAUGGAAACGAAUUCCAAGGUCUUGACAACUUGCAAGAACUUUAUCUGCAACACAACUCGAUUGCCAGCAUCGAUUCGCUGACAUUUACGCAUCUCUACCAUUUGAAAAUCUUGCGUCUAGAUCACAAUCUGAUCACUGAGUUUGCUGUGUGGAACUUCUUGCCUCCGUACCUCAAUGAGCUGCGCCUAACUGGUAAUCCCUGGUCAUGCAAUUGUGUCUUCGUGGACAAGUUCCGUGACUACAUCAACCGCCACGAAGCUGUUCUAGAGAAGCCAAAGUUGCGCUGCUCCGCCUUAGCUGGCUCCAACGGCACCGUGGGUAUCAACACAACAGCGCUCACGCAACAACCGAUCGAACAGUUCGCCCUUUACCUCAGCCCGGAAGUUCUGAAAGAUACCACCAUUCGCUAUUUGGUUUGCGGCGGUGUCCAGCAGCAGCAGUUGCUGGGAGUCAAUGGCGCCGCCGACAUCAAUGAUAACAUCAUCAACGGCAACAUGACCUCCACCAAAAUGAUUCUGUCACAGCCACCCAUGCAUGACUACGUGCCGAUUCUUGUGGCCAUACUGACCGGCUUUGUGUUUGUGAUCAUCUGCACCAUGUUGGUGUUCAUCUUCAGACAGGAAAUGCGAGUUUGGUGUCAUUCGCGCUUUGGUGUUCGCCUCUUCUACAACGGCAACAAAGACAUGGACAAGAAUGAACGGGAAAAGCUCUUCGAUGCCUUCAUUUCGUACAGCUCCAAGGACGAAGCCUUCGUAACGGAGGAGUUGGCUCCACUACUGGAACAGGGUGAGACCCGCUACAAGCUGUGCCUGCAAAGUCGUGAUUUCCCCGUUGGUGGUUACAUGUCGGAUGCAAUUGUUCAGGCUAUCGAUACAUCGCGAAGAACGAUCAUGAUUUUGUCGGAGAAUUUCAUCAAAUCGGAAUGGUGCCGCUUUGAGUUCAAGUCUGCCCAUCAGUCGGUGCUGCGCGACAGAAGAAGACGUUUGAUUGUCAUUGUCCUAGGAGAGGUUCCCCAAAAAGACCUCGAUCCCGAUCUACGCUUGUAUCUGAAGACAAACACCUUCCUGCAGUGGGGCGACAAGCUGUUCUGGGAAAAAUUGAGAUUUGCCCUGCCCGAUGUACCCAAUAAUCAGCGGCGGCCUCAUGGUGUUGGCGGCCACUGCACAGGUGUCGGUGUCCAUAUGCCCAUGGCUCCACAUCAUCAUCAUAUGCAAACUCAUCACCUGCAUCACAUGCAUCCCCAAGCCCAACUGCAGCAACACCACCUGCAACAUGCCAGUUUCCGUUCGCAGAUGCACCACAACAUCAAUGGCAGCAGGCAGAAUCACAAUCGAAACACCCCCCAAACGCCACAACAGUCGACAGUCUUGAUGGGUCCUCCUUGCCAGAACAUGCCGCCACAGCAGCAACAGCCGUUACCUCUGCCACCCAGCGCCGGUGGUCAAAGCAGUAUCCAACAUCAGAGUCUACCACUACCGCCCUGUCCCAGUCCACGUAGUGCCACAACGCAGUCUUCAAUAGGAGGUGCCUCCACGAAUUCCGGAAGAUCUGUAGCGGUGCAUAUUUAACUUAAGGGUGCUACUACAUCGAAUAAUUUCGAGUGUAAGUGUCAGAUAGGCCAGAGCAGAUAGAAAAUAGAUGAAGAAUAGGAAGAAGCAAAAGAAUGAUCGACCAUUUUGCCAAAUUUCGAAACGAAGUUGGAGUUUUGUUAGCUAUGCCGUGACAUUGAUCUUUUCCAGGCAUCACUGCCACCGCUAUUCAUUUCCCCAUUCUCCCAGCCGUAAGUUAGCUAGUUCGGUCGGGCCCUACAUUCUGUUCGUCCGCCCCAGUCAAUCAUUUUAAAUGACCAUUUUGAAUUUGUAUCUCUGCCUCGUUAAAACAAGAGGUUUUUAUUUCACGUUUUUUAUGAUUUUCCUCUUGAGGUGAGUUAUUCGAGUUUGCUUUGCUGGUUCUGGUAGCCAGCAAAGAGGCAAAGCUAUGAAGAAAACGAACGAAAGAAAACACGUUAAUGGGGAACGGAAAACCUAUUACAAUAACAGGCUGAUAAACUUGAGACCACGAGUGACGGUCGGUCGGUCGGGGAGAGACUGACUGACAGGAAGAGAAAGACAAACGUGCAUCAAGGUACAAACAAGCUACAAAAUUAUGGAGGUAAUGAAGGAGAUGGCCAAAUAAUAUGCCAAGCCAGGAUGGGCGGGAGAGGAGGGGAGGACGACAGCGAAAACGACAACCAUAAAGAACCUUUUGGCACAAUGGUAAUGCCAACAACAAGCGUAGCAAACGAGCCAAGAUGCAAAUGAGCUGCUGCUCCUGCCGCUGCUGCUGAUAUUGCCAAAGACGGUGCAGUCCGUUGCCUUUUUGCCACAAUUGACACGGCAUGCAUUUUGCAUUUUGGUGUGCUUGUUGCGCUUUGCGGUGAAAUCAUUGAGCUCGAAACGCGUUUGUUUGUUGCCUCUUUAGCGGUGACGGUGACGUUUACUUGAGUUUUCGUCUUCGCCUUGGUCGUUGUUUUCGUUGUGUUUCCUUUUCCACCUUGUAAUGAUUCAGAAAAUUGAUGUUGCAUGCUACGAUGGCAGGCAACUGCAACAACAACAAAAUGCUCGGCUCACAAUGUAGUCUGAGUGAGUAGGUGACGGACGGGCGGGGAGAAGUAGAGUGGGGGCCGUGAGGACGGGGUAAGCAAAACAAAAACCGGCAAACAAUCCUCAGACAUGUUUUGCACAUCACACUCCACUACCAAACACACAUCACUCGGUCAGACCAACCUACCAACAGACUGAACGACCGACCAAACAACUGAUCAACUCAAGCAGGCAACAUAACAUGCAAACUAUCGAACGCCAGACAGAGUCUGCAACUCCAGCAAAAACCUGACGUUUUUCGUCUUGGCGGUCACUAAACGACAGUCGACGGACAUUGUUGAAUUUGUGCUCCCCAUAGGAAACGGGCGGUCGGGCGGGAAGUAGGGUUUGUCUGCAACGACGACGACGGCAAACAAAUGGAAAUGAAAGAGAAAAAAUGAGGACAGCAAUGCAGCAUUUCGGUUUUUACGGCAUCGUACCACCAAAACUAUUCGAAUGUGGCAGCAGCAACAGCAACCAAAAUAGAUUUCCUUGCCUUUCUUUCUGUCUGUCGUUGAGGCUGAAUUCUCUACGCCAACAAAAACAAAUUGCUACAUGUGUUGCACAGCCCAACCGGGUGUAUUGCACUGCUAGACGCCGGGAGAAAGGCCAACGACAGAAAUUGCAAAUGCUUUCAAAACGUUUUCCUUUCUUUCUCCUUCGUUUCGUUGGGCCAAACAUGAAAUGGGUGAUUUGUUUUUUGAGUUCUUUUUCGUUUCGUUUUUUGGCAGAGUGAGUGGUCAUCUUUUUUACUUCGACUUUGAAACAAAUCGAAUUGAAGACAUUCCAAGAAUCUUAAAAGGGGUCAUUGUAAAUAGGUAGGAGACACACACACACACUCUCACACAACCAUACAUAGCCAGUCAGAUUGCCAACCAGCCAGCUAACAAGUGAGCAAGACUAACUAAUUAAGAUGUUGAACAAAUUAUUGUUGUUUUUCAAAAUCAAUGAAAAAAUGUGAUAUAAAUGUUAAAUUUAAGUUAGAGCCCUAAACUAAAUCUAGAGAAUUAAGUCCAUACCACAUAACGUUAAUUGUAUUUUCCUAAUCAUUGCUGUAUAUUGUAAAUGGAGACACCACCACUACUACUACCACUAACACUUAGCCAGCUAGAUUAAGUGCAGCCUGUCAGCCAGCCAGCCAGCCAGUCAGUAGAGAAUUUGCGAAUAUUUGUAAAUAGAAUCGAAAGGUACUUAAAUCUGCUCCAUACAACAGCACCUCCGAUUGAAACUGAACAAACAGCCAGCCAUAUAUAUUUUUUAUUUAAUUUAUGAUUCUCGAAUCGAAUACCACUGAAAUAACGACUCGAAUGCGAUUUUGUGCAUCCCAUUCUCUCUCUCUCUCUCUUUCUCUCAAAACCGAGUAUUUUAUUCAAAUGUAUUUUAUGUGUUAUAAAUAGUGACUGAUUAUAUGUAUAAGCUAGUUUUGUAAAUAUUUGUAUAUUUCGAGCCAACAACUAUCCCACCCUCCCCGUUCUCUGUCAAUCCUCUGAAAAUAGCUUGUAAAAUAUUGUAUUAAUUUAUUGUGUGUAUUAUUUGUUUUAUUUGUACUUUUUCCUAAGCGAGUCUAGCAAUUAAGUAGAAUUAAUUAAUUUUUUUUAUACUCAGUAAGUUUUAAAAGAAUCAUAGUCGUAUGCGAUGUGAAGAAGCGAACGAAUAUCUUAUUGAAAACAAACAACAAAAGACAAUAAAAUAAAAAAAUAUAAAAACAAAUAUUUAAAAAUAUUAAAACAAAA